AUGAUAGAUAUUUUUAGUCAAAUGCCAGAAUCAUAAAUGGGUUCAUUGAGAAUGAGACCUUCCCAAUUAAGAAUAGAAAUGACAGAUGAUCAAUAGCUUUCCACAAGACGGAGGAAUUUUAUGUCUCCUACUGCUUUGCCAUUAUUCAGAGAAUUAUAAUAACAAACGACUAGACAACAUCAUUAAUAGGGAAUGGCUCCUUUAGCAAUGAAACCUAUGUCUAGUCAAUCAUAGAUUACAAAAUCCUUACUGUUUAAUUUAUUUUUAUAAGGUUUCUUUAUCAACUAUUAUGGUUAUCUAUUUUGGUAAUACAGUUUUCGCUACGUUUUACUUUAAUUAUGGAUCUAAGAUUUGCUCACAAUGUUCAUAUUGAUAUAUUAUAAUUAUCGUAAAGGAGAAGAUUGUAUUUGGCAAUUAAUAGAGGCUAUGUUUCUAUUUUUUUUAAAAGUUUUUGUAGUGUUUUAUUAUGAAAUACAGAAAUUCAAAAUAUAUUUUAUUACAAUUAUGAUGAUUUCACUAUCAAUAUUAGUGUUGUUUAUGCGAGUAGUUCAAAAAUUGAAAUUUCAAUUAUAGAACAAUCAAUAAAUUAUUAUACAAUUUAUAAAAACAUUAUUAUGCGUUUAGAUGACUCUAAUUGCAUUAAAAUGGGAGGAUAAAAUUGACUGGGUUUGGUCCUAGAUCUUUAUAAUUUUAUGGGUAUUUUUGGUAGUCCUUGCAUUAUUACUAUUUAUAUCUUUCAUAGGAUGCAUUGAAACCUUCAUUAAUCUCCUAAAAAAAUAAACUAGUCAAAAUUAUUUAAUAGGAAAUAUUUGGAUAUUUAUCAAUAUCAUAGGUUAUACAUUGUUGCCAUUCUCAUUUUUGUAUAGAUUGACUCAACUAUACGACAAUGGGCAAUCUUUUGGAUAGGAUGAAAUUAUUUAACUCAUUGUUUUAAACGCGAUUUACAUGGCCUUGGUAACUGUUUAUACUACUUUUUUUGUUAAUAACAUAAGAUUGUUUUUAAAAGAAUUAUAAGGAAAUGAAUCAUACUCUACAGGAAUGCCUCAAUAACCAAUUUAAAUUCAAUAAGAUCAAGAAUAAAGAAAUGAUAAUGUGCCUGAUUCCAAUGAAACUUUGUCAAAGAAAAAAACGAAGUAGCCUUUUAGAUUUGUUAAAUUAAAUGCGCCAUUAUAUUUAGUAAAAAUGUCAUGCACAUUCUUUGCUAUAUUUGAUAAAAUACACUUUAAUCAGACAAAUCCUAAAUAAACAGAACAGCUUUCUUAAAGAGCAUUAGGAUAAUAGUCCUCAAAUAGAAUGGAAUUUUAAAAGGAAAUCAAAGCCAAUAGCAAUUCUUUAGAUGAAAAGAUCAAUAAUAUUGGAGCAUAAGAAUAAUAGAAAGAAAUCGCUGAGGAAUAGGAAAAGGAAAAUGGAACAUCCAAAAAAGGUUCAGAAUUACAAUAAAAAUCUCAAAAUUCCAUUAAUGAGGAUUAGUAGUCUACUUAGGAUAAAUGUUUGAUUUGUUAUGAAAAUUAACCAAAUAUUUUAUUUAUCCCUUGUAGACAUGGGGGAAUUUGCGAGAAGUGUGCAGAAGAUAUUGUAGUUAAAUCUAAUUAAUGUUAUUUGUGUAGAAAAAAUAUUAAAUAAAUUUUGAAAAUAAACACAGAAGGGGGACAACUAAUUGUUAAUGAGAUUAGUAAUAUCAAGUAAAAAAGGCAGAUUUAAGCGUGA